AAGUUGACGCGCACCUCCCAUGCUGCACUUUCUAAUUCUGGUUGCCGUUGCCGUGGUUGCAGUCUACUUUGCCAACCGAUUCGCCGAAAGUGCAGUCGAAUAUGGAUAUGCCAAAUCCGUUGGCAGCAGGGCAGGCUCGAUGCGGCAGCUGCUCAACACAUAUUGCCCAUCACUAGUGGACAAGCGUCUAGCGCGCAUGGUUCCAACGCCGUUUCUCUACACGUGCAUGAUGCAGUCCUUGUACAGCCAUUCUCUGUUCAGCAACAUCAAGUACAAUCGCGAGCUCUUUGUGUUGAGCGAUGGCGGCACCGUGUCACUGGACUGGUACCCGGGGCCAGAUUCAUUCGGUGGCAGAUCAACACCGAUUGUUGUCGCCAUGACGGGCAUUGCAGGUGGCUCCAAAGAAUACCAUGUUCGCUGUGUUGCAAAGCGCGUCGCCUGUGACAGAGCCACGCCUUGUCGGUUUGUGUGCAUGAACUUCCGUGGGUGCGCGCGCACCCUGCUCACUAACCGGCGACAGAACGACGCAGUGAAUACCAGCGACUAUCGUGAGGUUGUGAAUUCGAUCUGCGAGCGGUUCCCAGAAGCGCCGGUCUUUGGAGUUGGCUUCUCACUGGGUGCCAGCCUGCUCACAAAGUAUCUUGGCGAGGAGGGCGACACAUGCAAGCUCACUGCCGCCAUCGCCAUCAGCUGCCCGUUCGAUCUGACGGUGGUCAGACGCAUGUUCAACGCAAAAACCUAUUCUCAAUACCUACCUUUUGAGAGAAACAAGGACGUCAUUCUGUCAGGCGAUCAAGGAUUCGAUGCAGACACCAUCAGGAACUGCCAGUCCAUGGCCGACGUCGAGCGCAUAUUCAUCCUCAAGGACGCUGGGUUCAAAACCAGCGACGAGUACUAUAAUGCAGCCUGCAGUGCCAACUACAUAGACCGCAUCGGCGUUCCGUACCUCUCCAUCAACAGUCUGGAUGACCAGAUCACGCCGGUUCAAGGCAUUCCAUUCGACAAGUUCAAGGCAAACCCCAACACAGUCCUGGCGCUGACAGAGCAUGGCGGCCACCUCGGGUUCUUGACAGGGUGGCAGCCUCGGAUCUGGUAUCUGGACACGGUUGCGGAGUUUGUUGCCCUUGGUGCAGUAGCCGGCAGGAAAAGCGGUGUCUUGUGAUUACGAAUAGACAUGCACGCUUCGCAGCAGAAAGCCCUGAGCGAUGUCUUGGCAGUCAUCCAGGUUGUCAAAUCAAACGUGACCUGCUUGAUUUUGCAGGCUCUCCCAACCAUCGCCAACGACUACAUAAG